AUGUCGGGCUCGGAAGGCUCGGUGCGCGUUGUGAAAAAGCGUCAAAAACGCAAGCUAGCCCAGUCAGAGGACUCACCGAGACGCCCCAGACCUGGUUUGAACGGGGAAGACUCACCAGAGUUUGUUCCCAAGAAACUGUAUAUCGACUCGUUGUUGGCCGAUCGGCAAGCUUCGCGCAUCUCCAUGAGCGCGAAACACCCAGAUCAAUUGACGGCUAUAUUUGGCCCGAACCCCAACAUCUCUUUUUUUCCAGCCAAGAGAGUCCGCUCUAUCAGCGAAAGGCUCGGCCACGACAGGUUAGAACAGCUACUUGCAGAUAUUCGCGAUAUUGUCGCAGCCAAGGUGAAGGCGACUAGUUCGAUCCCUCGCUCCCAAGUUCGGAAGGAAUACCACUUACAGAAUGCUCACAAUCUCCCUCCUCGCGAGUGCCUGAACGCACAUAUACUCAUUUAUUUUGAGAUGGUUCAUCCGGUAUAUCCUUUCCUCUGCGCUACCACAUUCCAAUGCCAGGCGACCUCCCCGGACCUUUUGCAUUUCCUCGCAACUGACAAAACCUUCGCGGCGCUUUUUUAUGCGGUUUUAGCGAUUGGCUGCCAGUAUAAUGAUGGUGGUAGCUACGAGGCGGGCGUUGGCGAGGCAUGGUCGUACUUUGAACGAUCGUUGUCUUAUUUUCAGGAUCUCAUAUUCUUCCGUGGUUCGCUCAUGGCAGUUCAGGCUCUCAUGGCUAUGGCUAUCUUCUCCACUACCGCAUCCGCCUUUCAACUUGAGCCGUUAAUGCUCUCAGAGGCUGCAGUAAUGGCACAAGGCCUGGGAUAUAACCGCUCGAAUGGACCACAUGAAGAUACGCAAAGACGUACCUUUUGGGUACUAUACUUUAUGGAGAAAGUCUCUUGCUUCAUAACAGGAAAGGUCUCGGUUCUCCAAGACUCAAAUAUCAGCUGUGCCAUUCCAGAUGUGCAAGAAUCCACCUUUGAUGACUAUGAUUGGGGGUUCAGCUUUUUGCAAUACGCCCGUCUGGUGUCCAAAAUCCAUAGUAGUCUAUUCACAAUAAGCUCUGUGAAUCAACCAGCCGCCGAAUACAAUUCCAAGGUGCAGGGAUUUCUAACAGAGCUAGAGGCUUGGCGUAUUUCUGCUCCUGGACGCUUUCGCGCGGGAGAGCCGAUCAAGCCUCGCCUCCUACGUGAGCCACUCGCUCAGACGAUCGCGGUGAUGACGAAUUAUUUUGCGAUCAAGCUGGAGCCCAUGCGACAGCUUGACUUGAAACGAGGGCUAAUGCGAACUGCACGCUCUGUUUUGGAACUAACCAAAUUCAUUGAAGUUGCUCCCUACACUCCUGUAUGGAUGCUUGCGGUGUUACCGCUAUCAUGUUUGAUGAUUCUCUUCGAUCUAGUAGUCCACAACCCAGAACACCCUGAGGCUAGCCUCAGUCUUGCGCUCCUCGAUAUUGCCAGUGGACAUUUCAGUCGACUAGAAUUCGCCAGCAAUGGCACUUUGCCUGGCUCGUUAGUUGCACAAUUCGCACAUCUCGCACGCCAAUAUGUAUUCGAGAAGAGGGAAUGCAAACAAAAAACGAUUGACAUGGACGUUGGUGAUUCCUCUUGCGAUAUUCCACCUAACAUGCCGGCUGGAGCAACAGAGAUACCUCCACCCACUGCAGCGUUGCCCACCACUAGUUUACCAACAUCAAAUCAACCAGCUGAAACACUGCCUGGGCUACAGGAGCAGCUGCCACUCGAUCCCGGGGCCAUACCGCUGGGUGAUGCGAUCUUGUUAAGUGAAAAUGAUCAGUUAUUCAUCCCUUCUAUCGACGAUCCAAGUUACCGCAUUGAGGACUUCGAGUUGCUAGGAAUUGACUUAAAGAACUUGUUUGAUUAUCCAUAUGCAAUGUUAGGGGGGAUACCGUUGGAUGAUAUCCCUGUGGGAGUCUUCAAGUCAAUUUUUCACGCCCCUUUAGCUCUAUCCCAGAAACAAAAAGAUUAA